UUGUUGCUCAUGACGUAGCAUGAAAGUAAAAAAAAAAAAAAAAUUAAAAAAAAAUGUUUGCUUAUGUUUUUCAUCCAGAUAAUGCAAUGCAGUUGUGAUCCAGGUAUUGUAUGUAACCUGUGAAUGCAUGAGUCACGCAAGAUGCUCAUCUUCUAAGGUUCACCACCACCACCACCACCAGCAGCAGCACCAGCAGCAGACAGCGUCACCCCAACCACUCUGUUGCCCACACAGGCGUUAGAGAGGGAGGAGGGCGCUGCUGGAUCCGGUCGAUUAGACUCCCCUCCGCUGGGCUGAUCACAUUGAUUGAUCGUCGGGUGCGUCCCGGAGGAACCCCCCCUACCCAAUCCCACCCACACCCCCAUUCCCCCACCCCCUUUUGCGAGGAGUAGGGAGGAUCGAGGGGGGAGAGACCGCUGUUGUGUGGCCGCAGAUGACACGCAGAAGAAAGUGUGUGGGCGGAUGAGGAAGUUCAGAGCUCGGAUUGAUGGUUACACACCUACUGUACUGGCACUUUUAUCGCGGCAGCGGCAGCAGCACACACCGGGAUCUCUAUCCACCAGUUCCUGUGAUCAGAGGUGAUCCGCGCAUGGGAAAAUGACAAUCAAGUUUGUGGUCAUCCUCUUUAUACUUCUGCUCGUUCAAGGUGCUCGUUCUGAUCCACUGGAAUAUGGCGACGACGAUGAAGAUCACCAUGAUACCACUGUCAAUCAAAUGCUGGUUCCCAGGUCGCACCAGGAGGAUGCCACUCUGAUACUGAACAAUCUGCUGAAGGAAUAUGACAAGACGCUUCGGCCAGACAUUGGAGUGAAACCAACAGUCAUCGAUGUGGGCAUAUAUGUCAACAGCAUCGGGCCUGUGUCAUCCAUCGAUAUGGAGUACCAGAUCGAUAUUAUCUUCGCCCAGACCUGGGUGGACACCCGUCUGCGGUAUAACAGCAGCAGCAUGCGGAUUCUAACCCUCAACAGCAAUAUGGUCGGCUUGAUCUGGCUGCCCGACACCAUCUUUAGGAAUUCCAAGACUGCCGACUCUCACUGGAUAACAACACCCAAUCAGCUGCUGCGGAUCUGGAACAACGGAAAAAUACUCUACACACUGAGGAUGACCAUCAACGCAGAAUGCCAGCUGCAACUACAUAAUUUCCCAAUGGACGAACACUCCUGUCCUCUCGUCUUCUCCAGCUACGGCUACCCGCGGGACGAGAUUGUGUACAGGUGGAGGCGAAACUCAGUGGAAACUUCAGACCAGAAAUACUGGAGGCUUUACCAGUUUGAUUUCAUGGGGCUCAGAAACACCACAGAUGUGCUCUCGACGACAGCAGGUGACUACGUGUUGAUGACAGUGUACUUCGACCUUAGCAGAAGAAUGGGCUACUUCACUAUCCAGACCUACAUCCCCUGCAUCCUGACUGUGGUCCUCUCCUGGGUCUCCUUCUGGAUCAAGAGCGACGCUACGCCUGCAAGGACGGCCUUAGGUAUCACCACGGUGCUGACCAUGACCACGCUGAGCACAGUGGCCAGAAACUCGCUACCCAGAGUGUCCUACGUGACGGCCAUGGACCUGUUUGUCACCGUCUGCUUCCUGUUUGUCUUCGCUGCCAUGAUCGAGUACGCGAUGCUCAACUACUACUCCUACAGUAUACGCAGACCUCCUGCUAAGACGCAGAGAAUGGCCUACUCAUCUUUCAACAUGAGUCGCAACCCUCGGACCAUGAUGCCCAUGGGAAACUCCCUCUUCUGGCACGACUACGACGACAACUGUCUGUACGAGUGCCUGGACGGGAAGGACUGCAAGAGCUUCUUCUGCUGCUACGAGGAGUGUAAAGAAGGCGGCUGGAAGAAAGGAAAGAUCCACGUCAACAUCAGCGAGCUGGAUUCCUACUCUCGGGUUUUCUUCCCCACGUCCUUCUUGCUCUUCAACAUCGUCUACUGGGUCAGCUACCUCUACCUCUAGUGGGUCAUGGCCCCGUGAUCCGUGGGCCCUUUGCUGAAACAGCCACACUACCCGACACUUUGCACUGCGGCUCAUGAUUAGAGGUCACAACUAAGCGUGGGAGAGGAAAUGAGACGGAUCCAGAUGUGCUGCCUUUGGAGCGGCAUAACUGAAACAAUGUGUGUGCCGUCGUACACCAGUGUAAAGGCCAUGAUACUUUGAGCCGUGGCGCUCCCAGGAGAAUAACAUGCUCAGCAGUAGAACAACAAGCCCUUCAGCAUUAACUUGAAUGGAUAGGUUCCGUUUAUGACUCUCUCAGAAACCAAACAACAGACGGCCGUGACUUCAGAGACAUUCGGGGACGGGGGUUGCAUUGCUGAAUCUUGGUCGUCGAGAUGGCGAAGCACCCAUAGUGCCUUCUUUAGAAAGGGUGCAGCACUGAGAGACGCAGCUUCAGAGUUCCCUCCAUUAUCUUUAUUACCUCAUCCAUCACACCACUGCAUGCUGAGCUGUUUAUUCUUUGAUGAAGCAAACCCAGAACACGGUUCUCACCACUGGAGAUGUUUAAAACUAACAGUCACCGUUUUCAUUUUGUAGCACAUUAGUUUUAGUUGUACCCUAGAAUUAGUUCUCCUUUCUAAUAAUAGUACUGUUUUCUUAUUCUUCUUAUUCUUAUUAUUAUUAUGAUUAUUAUUAUUAGAAUUAGUUGUAUUUUCACAGCAAGUCAAUUAGCUCACACAUCAGUUGUUAAUUGUUAAACAUGAGUUAGUGUCAGGGGCAGUGGUUGUUUGGUAUAAUCUUGUUUAUUAAGUCAGUGAGCUUUUGUUCAUGAUGCUUUAUGACCAGUCGAUGCAGUUUACAGUAGAUGCCAAGAAGAUUUGGGUGUUUUUAAUAAAUGCUGGGUUACAUUCUUACACGCCAAAUAUAUAAGAACCGCGUAAAUACAUACCAAUCUAAUACUAAACAUGCUAAUCUCAUCCCCAGGCAUAUUAUGUAUGUUACAGUACAUGAAUAAAGAGAUUAGGGUUAGAGAAAUGCUGGUUUCUUCCUGACAACAGCUGUAAGAAAACAGUUUCGUGUUUUAUAUUUCAUGCACUUUUAUUCUUAUUUAUAUAGAUGUUUUAUUAUUUAUAGAGCUCGUGGAUUACCAAGGCUUAAAGAACAAAGUCGACAUUUCGGGAAAUGCACAUACCGUAAUUUCACAAAUAGUGGCCAGAGCUUUUAUUUACCUCUAUGACAGGCUGUGUUUAGGACAUGCUUGUUAUUUCCCGUUUCCCAGUUAAUGCAAACUCAAACUUCCCCCAUGUUUGCCUUUUGUCUUGAUAAAGUCAGUAUAAACGGCACUAGCUCCAUCAGUACAGCAAAAGUCAUGUCAGCUGUUCAACUUUUUAUCAUUAAGCUCAAAACUCAAGAUUUCCUCCAGAAUUUUCACACUAAAAGUCUUCGGCAGGCUGCAACACUUAAACAUGGAGGUAAGCAAAACAUCAGGAAGCGUUGAUUUUUGUUUACAGUAACUUGACAUUGAGUACUGCAAAGAAGAAACAACUGGAAUUAAGUGGUUAUUUAUUUCUGUUUAAAAAAGAGUGAGAGAGCGAUGAGUAAAACAUCACUGUUGUUGUACUAAUGAAUUAGUGCCAUGGAAAUGUAUAUUAUACUGAAUUUACCAACAGCUAGCCUGGCUCUGUCCAAAGAUAAAAUAAUACACCCGCCAGGACUUCUAAAGGUCGUUAGUUAGCACAUUAAAUCUUGUGUUUUUUAUCUGUAUAAAAACCAAUUAAAAAAGUAUAAAAUAGUAGUUUUCUGUUUUAGAGGUUGUCAAAAGGUGGUGAAAAAACUUCCACCUACCAGGACCUCCAAAGUUUCACCUUUUUUUGGGGGGAGUUAUGUGAGAUUAACUUCUGCUGGUUGCCUGGCAACUGGUCUUGGCCAUAAAAUUAGUAUUUGUUUCCCCUGUUUCCUUUAAGCUAAGAUAGCUUGUUGCUGCCUGUAGCUUCAUAUUUACCACACAGACAUGAGAGUAGUUUCUCAUCUCAUAUUAUUCUUAGCAAGAAAGCAAAUAAGCAUAUUACCAAUAAUGUUGAGCUAUUCCUUUAAGCUGUUACUAACUCCAAAUAAAUUACAUCAGCGGUGGUUUCAGCUGCACAUGAUGUAAUUCUGGGUAAAUAUGAAAUAACUGUUUUGGCAGGAAAAUAAUUCAAAACAAAUAUGUUGGAUAUUGGUACAAAUGAGCUGCAGAAACAUUAGUUUUGGCCACAAGCCACUUGAACCGUGAAACACAUACAACCACACAUACUGUACAUGGCCUAUUUAUUUUGCAGUAGACUCAUUUCAUCCAGUUUCAGAGACAGAGCUUGGGUACAUGAAAUUGGAGUCUUGAUGAAAGCUUAGUUUAACUUUCUUUUUUUUUUUCCUGAUGAAAAAUGAAAGGGAUUUUCGAUGUCCUGCCAUAUGCAGGACCUAAGGACACGUCGUCUUGUGUGCCCAGCUGGCAAUGAUCACAGGUGCUGUAAAAUAGGUUCUAUAUAGUGUGAUACCCCCAUACACUCACAUACUGUACACAGCGCGGUGUUAAAAAAUGAAUGAUUCAGGAUGAGUCCCACAUCCCCUCCUUCAAACAUGUAAAAUUUAUGCCAUAUAUGGAGGCAUACGGACACACAUGUUCAAAAAAACAAAAAAAAAAAACCAAAAGAACAAACACACAGGGAUGGACGGUACCGACGGCGUUUGAAACAUUUUGGUUCUGUUUACUGUUAUAUGGUGUUUUUUGCAGUUGUUUCGCUUUGUAGAACAAUCAACCCCCCUUUUCCUCUCUUCCUCUUCCUCCCCUCCCCAAACACAAACACACACUUUUCCCCCAGUAUUUGUAUGUUCAGAGAAAAGCUUUUAUGUAAGAUGUAUCUAAUUAAUGUUUCUAUUUUCAUACAGUUAUAUAUGGAAUGUAUGUUAGGCCAGUAGCGAGGCCGGAGUCGAUCUGGUUCCAGUUCAGUCAGUUCAAGCAGCCUAAAUGAGUUUAUAUUUCGGGGUCCUACAUAUUCAUAAGGCCUCCAGACACAUUUGCUUCCUGUCCAGAGGUUUGUAAUUACAAAUCAGAUUGCCUCGAGUGAUGCUAGAGAAACAGCAGAAGGGCUGUUACCCUGUGGACCAUUACUUACUCUGCUGAUUUAAUAUAUUAGCUCACAUGAGACAGUGAAAUUAGAUUAGUAUUUUGACAUUACAUCUAUCUAUCUAUCUAUCUACCUACCUACCUACCUACCUACCUACCUACCUACCUAUCUAUCUAUCUAUCUAUCUAUGAACUGACUGAAUUGAACAGAGCUUGGCCUACACCGCAGUAAACUCUCCUCACCUCUGAUAUUUCUACUACACUUUAUAAGUGUCUUAGUCCGUUGAGAUACUUCAAUAAAGCAAAAUCGCUAUUUUCUACGUCUUAAUGAAAAUCACCUGUGUGUUUCAACUGACUGGGACCUGUAUUUAUAAAGCCUCUUUGGAAUCAGAGUACUAACCCAGGAUCGGUACUGGCGAGCAAAUUUAACUCACUCAAGAGCCUCUUUUGGAGACCUCAUCACCUGCAUCAUAGUUUCUCUGAAAGGCGGCGCAUUGUUUGCACCGAGGUGACACAAAGUCGUGUAUUACUGCUAUUUUACCCUGCGAACCAAUUUAGUCCUGAUUGUCAGCGAGGUCUCUGGAGGGCGAGGCUGUACAAAAACAAAGCCGCUCUGAUCCUGGAUCAGCACUCCGAAGGGAAAUAUUUUAUGAAAACAGGAUCUAGAGUGAAAAUAGGUAUCUUUUUUCUAGUGCGUGGUACAUUGCUUAUAUUAAUAAAUAACGUUUUGGU